AUGCUAGCAAUUAUGUUAUCUGUUGGUUUGUUGAAUCGCACGAUAUAUAAAGUAGGAGUGUUGAUGGCAUCGAGGCUGGACUCCCCGUUUGAUUUGGAGCGUUGCGGACCAGCCGUAGACUUGGCCAUGGAGAAAGUCAACAAGAAGUUCCUAGCGCAUCAUAACGUGGAACUGCAAAAAGUGCAGGGCAGCUAUCCAUCAUGUUCUGGCGCGAUUGCCCCUGGAUUAGCAGCGGAUAUGCACUUCAAAGAUGACGUCAUAGCCUUCGUUGGUCCGGCUUGUGCAUUUGCUUUGGAACCAGUUGCACGUUUGGCUGCAUAUUGGAACACACCCAUCAUAACCGGGAUGGGAGACCAGCCUCCUUCAGAGGGAGAAUUAGCUGCACCAGCGAGUGUGGUCAGCCGCAUGCACAGGCUUGUCAAUUUACGCAAGGGAACUAGGCCGCAAACCCUGUUUAAUGAUAAGCAGAAGUAUCCAACCCUGACCCGUAUGUCCUACUGUCAAUGCCGCCUUCCUCGUGUCUUUACCAGCAUUUUCGAGAGAUUUGGAUGGUCACAUGUCGCACUACUAUUGGACAAAUCCGAUUUAUUUUCUCUCACAGUAGGUAAAAGUCUCGAAUGGGGUUUGCGUAAAGAAGGUGUUCUGAAAGCCAUUAGGGAGUUAGAUGGAAACGAGAGCGAGUCCUGCGAAGCGCUGCUUAAAGAUGUCAGCAUGUAUGCAAGAGUUGUUAUACUAAGCGUCCGAGGUUCGUUGGUCCGUGAGUUUCUUCUUGCUGCUCAUUCGCUGGGGAUGACGCGAGGUGACUGGGCCUUCUUGGACGUUGAAAUAUUUCAGGGUGGGUAUUGGGGGGAGACGGGCUGGGCGGCGGGAGAUGAAAGAGAUGCGGCCGCUCGCGACGCUUACGAAGCCUUAUUGCGAGUUUCGCUUAAACUACCCACAGGCGACCGUUUCGACGAAUUCGCGGACACAGUCCGAGCAAGGGCUAGAUUACACUAUAAUUACACUUUUUCGGAUGGAGAGGAGGUGAAUUUUUUCAUCGGUGCCUUUUACGACGGUGUAUACCUAUUAGGGAUGGCUUUAAACGAGACGUUGACUGAAGGAGGAGAUAUUAGGGAUGGAAGAAAGAUAACAGGGCGUAUGUGGGGCAGAGACUUCCAUGGUAUCACCGGUCAUGUCCGGAUAGACGCGGUUGGCGAUCGUGAUGCUGAUUAUGCGAUAUUAGAUUUGGAUCCUGUGACUGGCAAAUUUGAGGUGGUAGCGUUCUAUCACGGUUUGAACAUGAGCUACAAAGCUGUGCCAGGUAAAGCGAUCCAUUGGCCAGGAGGAAGACGAGCUCCACCACCUGAUAAACCGCGAUGUGGUUUCCUUGGGACUGAUCCGAUGUGUCAAGGAGAAGCCCAGGCUGUUUUGAUAUACUGCUUUAUUGGGUUGGCUGUUUUCUUAACGCUGGCAGUAACUGCCGGUUGUGUGGCGUACAAGCGAGUGCGUAUUGAAGCUGAAUUGAAUAACACUGCCUGGCGAGUCAGACCCGAGGAGGUUCUGGUGGAGGUGGGAGCAGGACUUGGAGCUGGUCCAGCGUUACACAGCAUCAAUGAAGUAUUAAAACUGUCAUUGGCGUGGAGCGGUCGCAGUAACUCAAGCUCUUCGAACGUUGCUCCACAACUUACACUGUCGUCGUUUACAGUCGGACUUUAUAAAGGGAAUAGAGUCGCUGUAAAGAAAAUACAUAGAAAAAAACUUGAUCUCAACAAGAAACUGUUGUGGGAGAUAAAACAAGCUCGUAAUGUAUCUCAUGAGAACACAGCGCGUUUCAUAGGAGCGUGCGUGGACUGUCCAUUAGUGUUCAUACUUACGGAGUAUUGUCCUAAAGGAUCCUUGAAGGACGUCCUCGCCAAUGAGGAGUUGCAGCUCGACUGGAACUUUAGAACAUCGCUGGUGCAUGAUAUUGUUCAGGGAAUGUGCUACUUACAUAGCGGGCUGGGUGCACACGGAAAAUUGAGAUCUUCAAACUGCCUCAUCGAUGGACGUUUCGUUCUCAAAAUAUCAGACUACGGCCUCAACACUCUUUGCACGCCGAUGGACUUGAUUAAAGACGACGCCUACUAUUACAAACUUCUAUGGACAGCUCCGGAGCUGGUGGCUGGUAGUGUGUAUCCUGGAGUAGUUGCGUCCCUCAAAGGGGACGUGUAUAGUUUCGGCAUUAUUCUAGAAGAGAUUGUUCUACGAUCUGGGCCUUUCCAUCACUACACCGCAACUAUGUCUAAUAAGGAGAUAGUGUCUCGUGUGUGUGGUCGUGAGUCGCCUCCCUUUCGUCCGGUGGUGAUGCCGGGAGGUGCCGGAGCUGGCCCCGAGCUGUUGGAGCUGGCUGAGCGCUGCUGGGCUGACUCUCCAGACGACAGACCGAGUUUUGAUACUAUCAACGCUAAUUAUAUCAAAGGUUACUGCGACAAUUUAAUGGACGAUCUCUUAAGACGUAUGGAACAAUACGCGAACAAUCUCGAAUCUCUAGUGGAAGAAAAAACAGAACAGUUGUCAUUGGAGAAGAAACGUUCAGAGGAGUUGCUCUAUCAAGUCUUGCCAAGGCCUGUGGCUCAGCAAUUAAUGGCUGGUGAGGUGGUUCAACCAGAGAGCUUUGAGAGUGUGACCGUGUACUUCAGUGAUAUAGUUGGGUUCACUGAACUCUGUGCAGCCUCUACUCCCAUGCAGGUGGUGGACCUACUCAAUGACCUGUACAGCACCUUCGAUAGAAUCAUCGGCUUCUAUGAUGUCUAUAAGGUGGAAACAAUAGGCGACGCCUACAUGGUAGUGUCAGGUUUACCUGAACGUAACGGAGAUCUUCACGCGAGAGAGAUCUGCCUCAUGGCCCUCGCUAUCGUGCAGGCUGUGAGGACUUUUGUAGUUCGUCACCGACCACCUCAUAGAUUGGAGGUGCGUGUUGGCGUACACUCUGGUCCAGUCUGCGCUGGUGUGGUUGGCGUCAAGAUGCCACACUACUGUCUGUUUGGAGACACAGUUAACACAGCCAGUCGUAUGGAGUCCACGGGACAGCCUCUGCGUAUCCAUCUGAGUGAGAACACUAGGUUGCUGUUGGAACAGUGGGGUACAUUUAUAGUGGAGCGUCGCGGGGAGGUCGAGUUGAAGGGUCGAGGUCGGAUGCUGACUCAUUGGCUGUUGCAUUGUUCUGAGCAAGAAGCGCGCGUGGUGACUCCUGAUCCUCAACCACCUCAAUACCCCAUACUGUUCCCAGCACUGCCGCCUCUGAUGCAUGCUCCAUACUUGGUUGUAGAUCCACCAACCCUGGCUGCUUAA